AUGUCUGAUCCUUGGGAAGAAGCGGAAACUGAUAUCCCGGAGUUUAUGAAGGAUCCCGAUUAUUACAAACAAGUCUACGAUGAGUUGUGUCCUGCUGCCCAAAGAGGAUUGCAUGCCGUUGGACAGCGUAUUAUUGACUUCUUCCGGGAGCACGGCAUGAUAAAUGAGGGGACAGAGCUAUAUGUUGAUGAGUAUGCAAUAGUUGCCGCAGUUGGUAUGAAGCCCAUCACGAGAGAGGCAUUGUCCAAACAAACUCCCAAAUACAUGUGGGGUCGUGGAUCAGAGGCAUUCAUUGCCAGCUAUGUCAUCGACCAGCGACCGGCUAUGAAGCACGAAGCCUGGACUGCAGCCAGAAAGGUGCUCUCUAAAAUUCCUGCACAUCCGAGCCAAGCUCCUAUUGUCAUCGCUCUUCUCAAUUCUACCAUCGCAAAAGAACGACAAUGUUGGGUCCAAGUGGCUACGCUUAGAUCGGCCGACACUCUUCAGUCGAUUGCAGCUCUAAACAUGGAAGCAAUCCUCGUCUCCAUGUGCUCCUUAGCUGGCAUUACCUUUCAGGGAGGUGAUCCUAUUGACGCAGUUGAGAAAGCCUACUACGAUCUAAGUGACGACAUGGCUACGCUGCGCAGAUAUCACCGAAGGCUCGAAGUGCUUAGCGAUGAAACAGAGGCAGGAACUGCUACUGUUUCCACCGACAUUGAGAAACAAUUAGAUCGUUUCGAAGAGAUAUGGAAGGACAUCGUUGAUAGGCUGUUCCCCGGACGACUCGCCAGCGAGCUGCAAUGCAUUGCCGAUACAAUGCAAGACGAUAUCGACAGAAACAAACUUUGUUCUCCCUCUCACAACGAAGAGCAGUGCCAAAGACAGUCGACGCCCCAAAUCAUGUACAUCGAUGAGAAAGAUUUGGGUACUGCGCCCUGUGGAGUUGCUCAAGUACAUUUCCUCGUGUUUCUCCCCGGAAGGCGUUAG